AACUGGUCCUUCUGACAGCGGGACUGCUGCUGAGGCUGAUACCGAGUCGGCUGACGGGUAGACACCCCAGAAUUGCGUGUUACGUCCUCCCUCUCUUGGGGUGUAGUACUACGAUGCUGUUGGGUCACUCAAACCCCCCAGAUCCGAACAUCUACUCUGGUCAAUCCUCUUUGGUCCACGGUGUCAGCCGGUGACAAGUGCCGAGCCCUACGUUCCAAUUGGCCCAUUACAAUCACGUGGUAUAUCCUCCACAUCGUCCAACAAUUUCUGAGUCCAUGUGGGUCGUAGAUGUGCAUAACACAACGUCCAAUGUGAAUUGUCCUUCGUGUACUAAUAUCAAAUAAUACAUGUGUAGUGGAUUUCCCUCAGACCCAUUUUCACCUGAAUCUUACAUGUAUCACAAUACAUCGAACAAUACAUCCACAGGUCUACGUUAAUCCACUCCACAUAUGUACAUUACAUACAAUUUAUUAAACUCUUGCCAACUCAUCUUGUGCCGAUCGUUCAAGCGACAGUUAUCACUAAAAAUGAGUAAUUUGCGUGUUUCGAACUGAUAACGUUAUAAUUCAUACGAACUUGAAGACGCGGUGGAAACAGUGGACAUCACGGUGGAAUGAACCAUGAUUGCUGAUGAAUGAAGAAACCAGUUGUGAUUAUGUUUAUCCAUUUUACAAAUACAUAUAUGUGAUUUAAAAGGGAAUUAGUCAGUACAACAACAACAAUGACUACCACGUCAGUCGCACUCACUCCUGAGUACAACAGCAAAUUUUUUGAGUCUCUGCAAGCAGAUCUGAAGGCAUUAUGUGCAGAGACGAAGAAAAAAUAUCCACAGAUUAAAGAGUCCUGCGAGGAGGGGAUUGCAAAGCUCCGAACAGUAAUAAACAAUCCGGGGGCCUCUUCAGUCUAUCAUGUCGUCAAUCAGAUUCUGUACCCACUGGUUCAAGGUUGCGAGAGCAAAGACACGAAAAUAAUAAAAUUUUGCCUUGGAAUGAUGCAAAAAUUGAUAACCCAGCAGGCAAUUGAUCAGAAAGGUGCGCGUUACAUAACAGACACUCUGUGGAUGCUAAUGGAGGUGGGAAUAGAAGAAGUUAAAGUUCUUCAAACAGUCACACUUCUCCUUACCAGCAGUACAAUCGUCCAUGGUGAGACACUGUCCCGAAAUUUGGUCCUCUGUUUUCGCUUGCACUUUACGAAAGAUUCGACUACUAUCAACACAGCUGGUGCCACUGUUCGCCAGUUGGUAUCUCUAGUAUUCGAGCGAGUGAUAGCUGAAGAUGAGUCAUUGAAAAUCUCCAAACAACCUAGACCAGAGCCUGAGCAAGUUCCAACUCAACCGGACCAAUCCCAACCGAAGCAGAAUCAUCCGGAAGACCUGAAGCAGAGCUCAGCCCAAGCACCAAAGGGCCUCGCCCCAUGUGCUGCUGAUGCAUUCCUCAUGUUUCAGGAUCUCGUUCACCUUGUCAAUGCAGACCAACCCUAUUGGCUCAUCGGUAUCACCGAAAUGACUCGAACCUUCGGUUUAGAACUCCUCGAAUCAGUUCUCACGAAAUUCUCCUCAGUUUUCUUCAACCAUCCAGAGUUCAGUUUCCUUCUGAAGGAACGAGUGUGCGCUCUGGUGAUCAAACUCUUCUCUCCAAACAUCAAAUACAGAAACUCAGUGCCAGCUUCAGUCCAGCAAGCCACUCCCCUGGACAAGCCAUACUUUCCCAUCAGCAUGAGACUUCUUCGAGUGGUAUCAAUUCUCGUUCAAAAAUAUCACUCACUCCUGAUCACUGAAUGCGAGAUCUUUCUCUCACUAAUCGUCAAGUUCCUGGAUCCAGACAAGCCUGCUUGGCAACGAGCACUAGCCUUGGAGGUCCUCCACAAAAUGACAGUCCAUACUGAUCUACUGAUUAAUUUCUGCGAAUGUUACGAUUUGAAACAACAUACAACAAAUAUUUUCCAAGAUAUUGUGAACAGUUUUGGAGCAUAUGUUCACAGUCUCUUUGUGAAUCCAGUGCAGAUGAGCCCACAGGUGAAUCCAGCUGGGGCCUCAGCUGUUCAACAGCCCUCGAUGGCCUCAGCAACUCUUCUAGCUGGAAUGCCAGUUGGUCCCGGUGUUUCACCCCAACCUGGAUUUUAUUCUCGAGGCGUCUGGCUACCAAUAGUCGUAACAUACCCCACAGGCCAGGCAAAGCCCAUCUACUUGGAGAUGCUGGAUAAAAUCGAGCCUCCACAAAUUCCCGAAGGUUACGGGAUUAGCAUAGCAUACGCCUGCCUUCUGGAUAUCAUCGGUUCAAUCUGCUUUGGAAUUCUCGGCUCCGACGACCAGACUGGACGAGGCAGUGAUACACACGAGAGUAAUCGAUACAAACCGACCGAAGCAGAACAAAAAUUGCAUAUCCAAUUGAUCACAUCAAGCUGGUGUGGAUUACUGGCUGCACUGAGCCCAUUAGUCGAUGCCAGCACUGACGAAUCAACCACUGAAAAUCUCCUGAAAGCAAUCCAAACAUUUGCAUCACUGUGUGGCUUGCUGGAGCUUCAAACCCCUCGAGAUGCUUUCAUAACAGCAAUCUGUAAAGCUUCAUUACCUCUCCACUAUGCCCUGACAGUUUUAAAUACAAAUGGCAAUGGAAAUACUGUGAAAGGGAUUAGAACUGGUCCUCUAACUCCAACUAGAAGUCAACAACAAGGGGACAAUCAGCCUCAAAAUCAAACUCCAUCACCGCCGGUGCAUCAGGACUCUUGUCACAAUUACAAUCCCUCGAUCGUCGAGCCCUCGGAUUAUCGACAACAAGUGGUGGCAGUGGGGACACCUCUUCCAACUGCUUCAUUGCCGAUUGGGGCUCAGCAUCAGGGCCCAGUGAUGCUCACUGCCAAGAACCUACAAUGCAUGAGAGCAUUGCUAAUGCUCGCUCAUUGUCAUGGGAGUAUCCUAGGUAGUGCCUGGCACCUAGUUCUCACCACCCUGCAGCACCUAGUUUGGAUUCUCGGCCUCAAGCCAUCAACAGGUGGUUCAUUGAAAGCUGGCAGAACAGCGACAGACUCUAAUGCUGUUCUAACAACAGCUGUCAUGGCUGAUUUACCUGUACUCAGUGCCAUGUUGAGCAGACUGUUCGAGAGCAGUCAAUACCUGGAUGAUGUAGCUCUUCAUCAUCUCAUCGAUGCUCUGUGCAAGUUGAGUCAGGAAGCCAUGGAGCUGGCGUACACCAAUAGAGAGCCAUCAUUAUUCGCUGUUGCUAAAUUGUUGGAAACUGGAAUAGUUAAUCUGUCAAGAGUUGAGGUUCUCUGGAGGCCUCUGACCAAUCAUCUGUUGGAGGUCUGUCAGCAUCCUCAUAUCAGGAUGAGAGAGUGGGGUGUAGAGGCAGUAACAUAUCUGGUGAAAUCUGCCCUACAGUACAAGUAUCCAACUCCACUCAGGGACAAUCAGAAGCUGCAGACAUUGUUGCUGGGCCCCUUAUCUGAAUUAUCUUCUGUUAGACACGCAGAUGUACGUCAAAGACAACUGGAGUGCGUUCUCCAGAUUCUCCAUGGAGGUGGAGAGACUCUACAUCAUGGCUGGCCUUUAGUCCUUGGAAUCAUUGGCGCUGUCUCUGACCAUCAGGGUGAUAAUCUGGUGAGAAUUGCAUUUCAAUGUCUUCAACUUGUGGUGACUGAUUAUCUUCCAGUCAUGAGCUGGCGUUGUCUCCCACUCUGUGUCGAUACAGCUGCUAAAUUCGGCUCACAGACGCAAGAGCUCAAUAUAUCGUUGACAGCAGUUGGACUUAUGUGGAAUAUCAGCGAUUACUUCUUCCAAAAUCAGGAGAAGAUAUUGAAUUCUUUGAAAUCCAAUGAGUCCCACGUGGAAAAUAUCUUUCCGGACUUUCCUGGCACAACGAAUAUGCCAUCAUUCGAUAAAUUGUGGAUGUGUUUGUACACGAGAUUGGGGGAUUUGUGUGUAGAUCCUAGACCAGCUGUUCGCAAAUCAGCGAGUCAGACGUUAUUUUCAACGAUUUCAGCGCAUGGGGGACUGCUACAUCAGCAGACGUGGCAGGCUGUUCUCUGGCAGGUGCUAUUUCCACUUCUGGAUAAAGUGAGAAAUUUGUCGAGCUCUGCAAGCAAUGAAAAAGUGGAUACCAGUGGUAAUAUUUUGAUUCACCACAGCAGAAAUACCGCGCAAAAGCAGUGGGCAGAGACCCAAGUGUUGACUUUGAGUGGAGUGGCAAGGGUCUUCAACACCAAGAGACAAUUACUUCAGACCUUGGGAGACUUUCCAAGAGCGUGGUCACUUCUUCUCGAAUUUAUCGAGUACUCAGCGUUGAGUAAGAAUAAUGAAGUGUCUUUAGCUGCGUUGAAAUCAUUUCAAGAGAUUCUCUACAUCCAGAAGAAUGGAAACACUGAAAAUCCAGAGGGAUUGACCUCUGCAGCAUCUUCCAUGGAGUCCCUGUGGCUGGUUGUCUGGAAGGUUUGGUUGAACAUUGGAAUGGAGAGCUCUGUUGUACCUUCACUAUCAGAGAGAGAUAAUUCUGAUGCAAUUAAUCAACAAAAUGUUCACAAUAUCUUAGUGGAUGCCCUGCAACAGCCUUAUGUACCCUCUCAAGCUUUCCUGUCAGCACUGAUUCAAAUAUUUCCAGCAAUAUUCCAACACAUCAGGAAUAAAUUCACAAGUGGUGAUGUUGAAAAAUUGUGUACAGUACUUAAGCACGUGGUGCAGGUUCCCGUUCAUGGAGAAUCAACUCCUUACAUUCUUCCCACAGUUCCUGAUAUUAUUCUGACACAACUCCAGGACGGUGUUUUACACUCGAUGGAUCUUUUGAAGGGCGAAGCACUCAGUGGAGAGACUGAUAAACUCAAUACCAUGAUUGGAUUUAUAUUUUUGCAGUUGUUGGAGUUCUCCAAACUAGCUUGCCAUCCACCCUCAUCGAUGUAUGGAAAACUUCAAAUCAAAACGAAUUACAAUAUGAAUCAAUCUCAGCAGAUACGAAAUUCCUCCAACGAGUGGAUUACAAUGAAUUAUGUUCCUUUUGGGGAGAAAUCCCUGACAAUGGCUGUCAAUCUUUAUGACAAAACAGCUGCAGAGACUGUGGUGAUUGAUCAAGAGAUCUUGAAGCAUAUUAUCGGUGCUCUGAGGAUACCCCUGUCCAUGAAGUACGCAUGUCCCUCUCCAACAACCUGGAAACUUGCCGUGACGAGUCUUCUGACAGUUCUUCAUGUUGGUUUACCUCUAGCCAGGAAGCAUCAGGAUAAAUUCAAAACGAUGUGGCCGGUGCUGGCUGAUACCCUUGACGAGUUCCUCUUCCCUAAGAGUUUAGCAAUGAUCAAGACUGAGAGGAAUCUUGAGGAGAUCCAAGCAGACGAGGCCGUUGACUGCCAGAUAAUGGAGCUACUGAGAGAUCAGGUUCUACCACAUUCCCAAUUCAUCCCUCAGGAAUUCAUACUCAGGAUAGUAAUGCUACUUAAUAAGGGAUCAAUACACUCAGCAACGUCUCUCCAUAAUUUAAAUGCAAAUACAGCUAAUUCAACAGGUUCAGCUAUCAAUGACUUGUCAUCAUCGCCAUUGAAUAACACCGAGACUAAAUUGAGAGAGGAAUUUGCUAAAACCUGUUUUGAGACACUUCUGCAGUUUUCGCUGGUCGAUGGACUCAGUGAUGUUACCGAGUUUCCAAUGUUCGAGAGGACGAUAAAUAAUGCUACGAUUAGUGAGUGUGAGGAUGAGAAUGGGGGGAUUGCAGGGAGAUUGGCAGUGACUGCAUUGCUCCACAGGUUCCAACAGGUUUUGUAUCGGUAUAUCGAGGAUGACAGGAAGAGUGGCAAGUGUCCACUUCCAAGGUACAGAUUAUCAGAGAUUUCGUUCGUUCUUAAGGCAGUGGCAACACUCGUGGUGUCUCUGAAAAAGGCACCGGCUAAUAAAGUGGAAAAAUCCGUGUGGCAGCAGCUGAUUGGACUUUAUCCUUGCCUGGUGGAGUGUAAUCUUGCUGCAGCCUCUCCCCAGGUGUCUCGAUCACUUAGGGAAGCUCUCAUGCAGUAUUAUGAUCUUCUUAGACCACCGAUUGAGGAAAAUUCCGGAGGCACUCCCGCCAAGCCUAAUAAUGGCGUUUGACCUGUCAGUAAAAAAAUAUCAAGACAGGUGAUUCAUUACGGAAGGAGACGAGUCUGAUGGGCAGAUUUUUCCCAAUAUGUCAGGGAAGCUGGUGGAAAAGUUCCGGAAAGGAACUUCUCCGUGGAAAAAUUUUCUAUUCGCUGAAUACGUGGGGGACAAUUCUUGAUGAGUCCAGGAGAAAUUUUCAGGGUGUUCUGUAAAUAUCUAGAGAUGGCAAAAAAAAAUAUGAGAGACAUUAAUCAGAGAACUUUUAUUAUGCAGAAUUUUAUAAAAUGGAGAGAAAUCAAUGUUUUAGAGUGGAGAAGUUCGAGAGAUAUUGUCAGAAUAGUCUGUAAGAAUCUUUUGGAUUAUCUCUUUCCAAGACUUUGCUACAGAAUCGAUUCAUAAAUUUACUUUAUUUCGAUUCGUCGAGUUUAUGCUUACGAGUGUUUUAUGAGUAAGUUAUUGAAUAAUAAAAUGCGAGGCCUUAGUCAAUUUGGUGUUUUACAGUGGAUCUGUUGAUGGGAGAAUUAACGAAUUACAAUCGUCUGUGUAUCUGUAUUGAAUUGUAUAAAUUUGUGUUAAUAAUUUAUAUUGUUUUUAAGUACAUUUAGGUUUAUUGUAAUGAAAUGUUGUAGAUAUCUAUCUAUGAAUGAAGAUUAAAAGUGAUAAUGUGAGAUGA